CCGUCAGUCUGGUCGCAUAAUCAACCGAAGCUGCUACGAAACGGUGGCCACGAUCCGGUCGCGUGUACUUGGACAGUACAGUAGUGCGUUCGAUCGUGUUUUUUAUACUGCUCUCUCUCUUCGAGGGGCUGGGUAAGAAAACUGCUGCUUCCUCUUCUUCAAAAACCCACUCCCAGCCCUUGGAUUCGGUGGUUAGGAAUGGAUGGAUGGAGAAAAAUCUCCAUCGACCAAGACGUGACGUUACGUGAGCCUGGGAAAAUGUGUAGCGUGCAGUAGGGGCAAGCAACAUUAAAGAGGAAGGUGUAAAUUGUCAUCUACUUUCGGUCGUGCGACGUUUCGAGUGAAAACAGGAAGUUGGUGAAGAGUGAAAGAAUUUCCCACUAAGUGGGCAGGAAGUGGGCGUAGGAAGUUUGGGGCAAAAAGGCGGUUGUGCGUGCGUGCUUGUUGCUUGUUUUGAUGUGAAAAUAAAAACGAGUGAAUCGCGAGCGAAUCAGUCGACGACAAGUGUGAGCCAAACCAGGAAGAAAAAAGGAGGGAUAAUGGAUGUUUCAAGGAUUAACGGUACCGCUUAGGGAGGUUUUGUUGGAAGGAGUGGCUGGUGGGGCGAAGGCAGACGCGAUUAACAUGAACAGUUUUUAAACAGAAUAUGGAUUGGGUUAACACAUGGGAACGAUGAAGCAAAUAGCGGUUGUGAUGAUUCUCCUCAACAUCAGCUACGGUCAGUUCUCACGCUCGCAGUCGGUAGACAUCGACGAGCCGCACACGUACACACCACCGAAGCACUACUUCCAGACGUCCUCCUUCGACGAGGCCGAGCUGGAAGACGACGCGGCAAAAAAUCCGCUCGACCGGGGGCCCUACUUUGACAUCUCGGCUUCGCGCAACGUCACCGCACUGGUCGGCAACACGGCCUACCUAAAUUGUCGCGUGCGCAACCUCGGCAACCGCACGGUAUCCUGGAUCCGGCAUCGGGAUCUACAUUUGCUGACGGUCGGCAAAGCGACGUACACCUCCGACCAACGCUACCAGAGCGUACACAAUCCCCAGCUGGACGACUGGUCGCUCAAGGUCCUGUACCCGCAGCAGCGUGAUUCCGGUGUGUACGAGUGUCAAAUCUCCACCACGCCACCGGUCGGCUACUCCAUGAUGCUGUCGGUUGUUGAACCCAUAACGACCAUUAUCGGAGGACCGGAUCUGUACAUCGAUACCGGGUCGACGGUGAACCUUACCUGCAUUGUUAGACACCUGCCCGAACCACCGCCAUUGAUACAGUGGACCCACAACGGAGAGGAAAUCAACUACGAUUCGGCACGUGGUGGUGUGUCGGUGAUUACGGAAAAGGGCGACAUCACGACCUCCUACCUGCUGAUCCAGCGCGCCAAGUCCACCGAUUCCGGCAAGUACACGUGCCUGCCGUCGACGGCCAACCCGAUGACGGUACACGUCCAUGUGCUUAAUGGCGAACAUCCUGCAGCGAUACAGGGCAGCAAAGGAUUGCGAAGCAGCAGCGUAAUAACAGCGAUGCUGCUGAUACUGCUGAUGGUGGUGGUACGGGCGUUCCCGGUGCGAUAAGAUUUGUCCCACAGCAAUUCAUUUGCAUGUCAAUCGAUGCCAUUUUGCUUCUUCUUUUUUUUCGAGCACUGAGAGGUUUAUGUCGGAAUCGGUUUGCUUCCGUUCGGCAAUGUCGACAAUCCAUACUUUAACUCACGGGAAAAAGAAAAGGUUUUGAAGGGUUUACCUUGAGUAUCAGUAAGGGUUUUUUUUUUACAUUGAGGUUGUUUAUUGCCGCGUACAUUGUUGAGCUUCAUUUAUUCUUCUUGAAUGUUCCUGAGAGAUUUAAGAAUUGAGCUCAAUUGGAAGAGUAACAUUAAUUUAAAUUUCUCUAGUCCAAUACGAACACUGAAGUUCUAUUUUCUACUAAAAUUGCUGUCUGUGUUAAGAUGGGGAUUUCAAUUGAUUUAACAAGAGUAGCAACAUUUAAUGCAAAAGUAGCACAGGAAAGGACAAGACCCUUAAAUGUGAUGUAAACCUUGCAAUAAUCGCUUUAAGGGGCAAAAUUGUGCUGUUGAAGCCCAAGAUGUAACUACUCUUGUUAGUUUCUGAACUUAAGGCUGUUGAGCUAGCUUUAUAAACUAAUUUUGUUUAUAUUUUAAAUCUCCAUUUUUUACUCAUCCACUGCUCAAACAUUCUGAGAUCAAACAAACAUACCGAGGCUCUUGAAAUUAGAUUUAUUAAUAGGUUAACGAUAAAAAUUUUUAAUAAAUUUUAUGUUACUUAAGUUCAUUACACUUGGUUUCGAAAAGCAUCGAUAAAAUGGCUGAGACACUGCUGUUAUUUGAAGGAGAUAUUGCAGGCAAACGACAUUUCAAGACAAAGACAAAAUUGCAAACUAACUGUAGGUAAGGAAUUUUGUAAAUAAUUUAAUUAAGUUAUCAAGUGCACUCAUUUUCGUUGUUAAGUGUUACAAAAAGGAAAGAAACAGAAAUGAAGGAAACAAUUCCCGUCUCUUACGAGUCUGAUUAUUUGUUUGAAGUAAAUUUCCAAAAAAAAAAAAACAAUACAGUGACUGUGUUUUUGAGAGUCGCGAGCAUUCGCUGGUGAAUUACAAAUCCCCUUGAUUCAUGACAGUCCGCGUAUACACACACACGAUUGGUUCGGUUCGCUCAGUAACAUUUCAACUUCCAUGCGCCGAGUACACGAGUGCCAGCAUGCGUAUCUGUAAAUAUACAUUCAUCAUGGCUGCAAAAUGGCUACAAGUUGUGCCAGUACGCUGAUACGAACACACCGACACACACUUUUUCACCAUUUUGUUUCCCCCCUUUGUGGUGCAAGACAGAUGAGGUCCGUUCAUCUUUGACAGGAUAAGAGGCCAAAAACCGGGUGGAAAUGUUGGCACGGUUGAAGCGCAUUUCACUGCCAACCUGUCCUUGUAGGUUGUCGUUGGUGAAAGGUUCGCCAAAGAAAAGUCCCUUUUAAAGGGACAACUGGACUCGGAUCCUUUGUUCCUGGAAAGGGGUCUUUCGGUUUUUUGUUACUUUUUUCCUUCAGCACAAGAAAACCUUUUAUUGUGGACUGGUAAGAAGGUAUACGGAAUAAUAUAAUAUAUCAACGAGCGAGACACAGCAGGAUGUUCGAUGUGCGUGGAGCACGCAAACACAUGCACGCCGAGCUAGAUAAAAACAAAUCUCGUGAAGAUAAAUUAUUCCGGCAAUGAAUGUUUCGUAGUUUUUGGCGCGUUUGAAGCCUCUACUGCUCUGGUACACCUUUACAGAAGUUCCUGUGUCACUGGGUGUGUGUGUGUGGUUGCAUGGAAGGACACGUUUUGUUGUUUGAAGAAGUGUGUCUUUGUUGCUUUUAAGCUGGGAACAAACAAAAAGCAAACAAGAAUGGAUGACUUUAGCUAAAUUUUCUGGCAACCAUGACUGCAAGAUUUUCACAACAGAUAGAGCGUGACAGAUAGAAAAGUCAAGUAGAAGAAAUGAUGAGUAUGGCUUUGUGCAAAGGAAGGAAGGUUUUUUCCAUCAAGAGUAGGAUUUGAGUGGAAUCCUGGAUUUGUUGGAUAACAAUGGUCAAAAUGGAGAGAAAAUUUCUUAAAUUAUUUAUUUUUUGAUUAAAUAAAGUAAAUUUAAUUAAUUUUUUUUAUAAUAAAGCAAAACUUUAUUUACUACUGCACUCAUGCCAAAUAACGAACAAAGGACAAGAAGACGACGAAAAAUCCACUUGUAAAUAGUAUAAACGGCUCUCUCGAUAGGAUAAAUAAUGUUACAAGCGGGAAAGUAUAAUAAUUCCUUCCUUUUUUUUCUUUUCUUCGGUCCACAACACACUAACUGUGGGAAAAAAGUGAAGAUGAAAGUGACAAAAAUUGUUCCAAAAACACCCCGGCAAAAGAUAAGCAAAACUUCAUAGUGUCAGGUAGCGAAAUACAGAGCAGAUUGAUAAAUGAUUGAUUGAUAUUCAUUUUCGCCCUGUGCACACUCAGCGGGACUCAAAAUAAGAAGAAAGAAAAAAAAACUCGAUCGAAUCGAACCAUGGUAGAGAAAAAAAAACCCACGAGACAACAAACUGUUUUUGGCAAGCGAAGCGAAACGAUUCGUGUAGAAUAGGUCAAAGCCACACAAAUCAAGACGAAAAAGAAAAAAAGAGGAGGAGAAAACUAGAAAGAAUAAUCUUCCUGGUGGUUUGUGGGUGAACAAGUAGGACUAUAUAGCUAUUUUACAUUGAAUUUCAUUCCAUAAAAGAGCAGAAAAGAAUAAAAACGGGGAGAAAAAGCGGGAAGAAAAAAACGACACAAAAGAAAACAAAAGUUUAAGAGGUAAAAAACAUAGAAAACACACAAAACAAAUGAUUGCUAGUAAAUAAACUGCUGAAGGAAAACAAAAAGAGACAAAAUGGAACAAAACAAAUAGGAAUGGAAGCAAUGUAACGAAACAUAAAAAGAGUGGAAAAUAAAAUGAAAAGAAUGAAAUCUGGUAAA